CUGUGUAGGGUUUCUAAGGGUGUGAGAGAUAUACCUGGCAAUUUCCAGUCUGCCACUAGUAAUGUUCCUUCUGGGAAAGCCCUCCUAUAUUUUGGUUUGCUUCUAGCGACUGGUGUCUUCUUUCUUUUCAUUGCAUUUACCUUUCCUCUUCCUGUGAUGGUGGUUGUGCCUCAAAAGUUUGCCAUAUGCUUUACUCUUGGGUGUGGAUUUAUCAUCGGAUCAUUCUUUGUUCUCAAAGGUCAGAAUCAGCUUGCCCACAUGGCAUCAAAGGAGAGGCUCCCCUUCACAUUGGGUUUUAUAGGCAGUAUGAUUGGUACCAUAUAUGUGUCAAUGGUGCUUCACAGCUACAUUCUCUCCGUGUUAUUCUCUGUCAUACAGGUUCUGGCACUUGGGUACUAUGCAAUAUCUUAUUUUCCUGGUGGAUCUGCUGGCAUGAAAUUUUUGACAUCUGCUCUCACAUCUUCAAUAAUGAAAUGUUUUGGGAGGUGACAUAUUUUAGCUGAUGAGAGGUGAGGUCUGCUCUUUAGUUGAUGAGAUGUGGUAGUUGAAGUGUAAAUUUGUCUCUCAAGAUAUGUCAUGUUCCUUGAAACUUUGAACUGAUAUGAGAAUAUAGCUGAUUUGACGCAUCAUCUAAUGUUUCCAAGAGAUUUCAGUGUUUGUUGUAGCAUCUUGAAGGGAUUUAUUUUUCGAAUACAAGCCUCAAGCUUUCAGUUGCAAAGAAUAUUGCCUGAUCAAUGGGCUGACCAAGUGUUCUGCAUUACUCUUCAUGCCAACUCUCAAAAGAUUUAUCCUUCUAAUGAGAUAUUAUUUGACGCUCUUUCUUUGAUUUCUUGUUUGCUGUUGGCAUUUUCUCCUGUUGGUAACGGAAACAAACCAUAUUGCGGGCGAGACGAAGGGGGAUUUAUAUAAGUUCGAUCAUUUUGAUUUUA